CAGAAUCAGGAGUUGGGUUAGCACCUGUUAUCGUUGCGAACAGCACAAAGAAAAGUUUGUACGAAGGUUGACUAACUUCCUGCGCCGAUCAAAGGGUCUGUUGUGUCCAGGCCUCUUGUCCUUCCCCCGUCCUCCGCACCGGCGCAAGUCACCCGAACCUCGCCCGUCACGUUAUCUUACGAUCAAACCCCCGAAACUUUUCUAGCGAGAUGAAUCAUCGUCACGUCAAUUCCAUCCGUGCCAGCCAACAUGGCGGCUCCAGGUCGGCAAAAGACCGUUAUUGUCGGUGCCGGGCCUGUUGGUGCUCUCGCGGCUUUGUACGCCGCAGGGCGAGGCGAUGAGGUUGAAGUGUAUGAGCUGAGAGGCGGUAUGUAUGCUGCUGCGCCGCCGGUUCAUAGGAUAUGUCUCAAGGCAUCGAAAUCAAGGCUAAAUGUGUUUCUCAGAUCUUCGGGAUCCAUCAACUGUUCCGUUAAACUUCACAAGGUCAAUCAAUCUCGCGCUCUCCGAGCGCGGGAUCAACUCGAUGAGAAAUGCCAAGUGCAAAGGCCUCGUGGAAUCUGUGCUCGCUGACACCAUUCCUAUGCAUGGUCGUAUGAUUCAUGGCAUCAAAAACGGUUCUUUGUUUGAAGAAUCUCAAGCAUAUGAUAUCCAUGGCAGAUUUAUCCGAGCUGUCGAUCGCGCAGGACUCAACAAGCGUCUUCUAGACGAGCUGGACAACAUGCCCAAUGUGAAGUUCUUUUACAACCACAAGCUCGUUGGCGCGGACUUCGCAAAUAAGAAAGCCUGGUUUGAAAAACGACAGCCUGGUGCUCCACGGUAUUCACGUGCCGAAGAGGUUGAAAUUGCUUUCGAUUUCAUGAUUGGUGCCGAUGGUGCCCACUCAGCCGUACGCUAUCAUUUGAUGAAGUUCACGAGGAUGAACUACACACAGGAGUACAUUGACACGCUGUGGUGCGAGUUCCACAUCACACCGAAGAAGACUGAAUCAGGUGAUGAAUUCAGGAUCUCCCCCAACCACCUGCACAUAUGGCCCGCCGGUGGAUUCAUGUUCAUUGCCAUUCCCAGUCUUGAUAAGAGCUUUACGUCGACCCUUUUCAUGCCUGCGACCAACUUUGAGCGACUAAACUCAAACCCAGACGCAAUCGUUCCCUUCUUCAAGGAGCAUUUUCCGGGCGUAGUCGGCACACUCAUCUCGGAAUCCGAAAUACGGAGGCAGUACAAAGAGAAUCCACACUUGCCGCUUAUUUCCAUCAAGUGUACACCCUACCACUUCGAUUCUGCGGUCGUUAUCCUGGGAGAUGCCGCACACGCCAUGGUCCCUUUCUACGGCCAAGGCAUGAACGCCGGUCUUGAGUCUGUGCGCGUCCUCUACGACAAACUAGAUGAGCAUCUUCUUCCAACAUCGUCCACUGCGCUCCUUACAAAGGCCGAACGAGAUGCGCUGCGCGCAAAAGCACUUGCCGCGUACACAGAAACACGCACGCCUGAUGCCCUUGCGAUCUCUGAUCUCGCGCUCCGAAACUACAAAGAAAUGCGCUCAGACGUGCGAUCGCCAGUCUAUCUUUUGCGUAAAUUUGUUGAAGAGCGAUUAUACGCGUAUGCUCCUUCCCUGGGCUGGGCAACGCAAUAUUCGAGAGUCAGUUUUGGCAACAUGCGGUAUUCUGAUAUUGAGAAGAGGACGCAGCGCCAGGCUAGAAUCCUAGGCACAAGUUUGGUGGUGGCACUGGGGGGAAUAGCUGGCUGGGUUGGAUGGUGGCUGUGGAAGUGGAAGGGACUGGGUGGAGGAGUGAGUUCAGUUAAGGAGAGCAUAUUUAAUUUGGGAUUGCGAUUUGAACGGAUGGGUGGACGAAGGACUUAGACAUAGAGAAGGUAAUAUGCUCGCAAAAUACCCAACCUAUAGAAGAGAGAAAUUUCAAAACGGUUUCCAA